ACAAAACCACGAGGAUUUUUGGCGACAGGUGUUAUGAUCGUUAGACGCGAGACGCCAUUAGCAUUAUACAAGGGUCUCGGCGCUGUCCUUUCCGGAAUAUUAGCAGAUAAAUCAACAGGGAACACCAGAGUGGGGAAUAUCUUCAUCGCUGGGCUCGCUGCUGGGACGACCGAGGCGGUCGCGGUCGUCUGUCCAAUGGAAGUGGUGAAGAUCCGUCUGCAGGCGCAACAACAUUCGCUCGCCGAUCCGCUGGAAGCUCCGAGAUAUCGUAAUGCGGGUCAAGGUUUUUCGGCCCUUUAUAGAGGAGUCUCGCUCACUGCUUUACGGCAAGCUACUAAUCAAGGCUUCACUGCAUAUCAGGAACUUAAGAAAUUGGCACACGCAUACCAGCCGGAUUUGAAGGACUUACCUUCAUACCAACACAUAGUUAUUGGACUCAUAUCAGGUGCUAUGGGACCCUUCUCGAACGCUCCGAUAGACACGAUUAAAACUCGAUUGCAAAAGGCUACGUAUGAACCAGGAACCACGGCGUUUGAGCGGAUUGCAGCGAUAGCAAAGAAUAUGUGGAAACAGGAAGGCGUCCGGUCGUUCUACAAAGGGAUUACGCCGAGAGUUCUGCGAGUGGCUCCGGACAGGCGAUCGUUGAGAGGGAUCAUCGAGACGAUGAAAGUUCCACCGUCGCAAGAUCGGUACUCGGAGUGAUUUAAGAAGAGCGGGGAGAUUCAUUUGCAUAUACAAAAAGUCUUAAGGAUGUACAUCGUCUUUUGGCUAAAUGAAGGGUG